UUUGGGUAAAGGGUUCUGGGAGGAAGGGGGCAGAGCGAACUGUGUUUCAUCGUCUGUUCCUCCCCAAAGUCGCACCUAAUAUGCUUAUUGAACGAUCUUCUGAAUCUUCAAUUUCUUCAAUUUCUGUUCCAUUUAAAAACAAUUCGUUGUAGUCCUAGUUUCCCCGACGGACUCUUCUGAAGGUGUUGCAUGUGGAUUACUGAAUUUGAUGUGUUUGAACGGCGGUGAAUGCCUUAAGACAGCUGCUGGUCAUCAAUGCGACUGCUCAUUUGGCUACACAGGGGUAAACUGUGCGAUAGCCGGGGAUGAUGAUGCUGUUACGGGUGAAGACAAGAUCUUUUUGACGGAUAUCACUGCUAGAAAGGUUUACGUUGCCGUCUUAGGGAUCUACACGUUCACUGCCCUGAACGAAGAUGAUGAUCCUAUCGAAGCGUGGGACAUCGCGUUCGAUGAGACCAAACAGAAACUCUACUGGACCAACAAAACUGACAACAAGAUUUACCGUGGCAACUGGGAUAUGACAGAAAGAAUACCUGUGUCGCACGGAAAUUACUCAGAUCCAACUUCGAUCUCCAUCGAUGAAUCGAGAGGCCAGAUCUACUGUGCAUAUCUAGGGGACCAGGUGAUUACUCGCAUUGAUCUUGAUGAUCCAGACUCGGAGAUCAAUCUUUUUGGCCAGCUGACCAGACCUAGCGCAGUAGAACUGGAUGAAACUAAUGGAUAUCUGUACUUCACUCAGACUGGUAGAGUUUACCGCUGGAAUUAUAUAUCUGAGUCCAAUUAUGACAAGUUAUACAGCAAUUACCCUGACGUCAAUGAUAUUGACGCAAUCGCAAUAGAAGUACCAGCGAACCGGUUAAGCGUGUGCGACUACGGCAACGCCAAGGUCAUCACAAUGGACUUGAAUGGAAACGAUCCUAAGGAGGUAGCGAUCCUGUCAGACUACAAAAUAUCCGACAUCCUACUCUACAAAGGGGCCUACUACAUGAGUCAUUCAGGCGCCGAGGAUGGGCAGAUGACGUUACUGAAGUAUGCUCUCGAUUCUGAAUCCCUUCUCAACGUUUUCAAUGAUUCCGACCAUCUAUUUGGUGAUGUGAAGAAAAUUCAAGUUGCCAAUGUCGCUAUGUUGAGCCUUAAUUGAGCGAUGAAGAACGAAUGAACCCACAUGUUGUGUGUCCGGACAGGUUUGUUAUCGAACAAUUGAUUUCAAACAGCAAGAAGUGCAAUAUUUGCAAUGCCAGUGUUUCCUAAAUCUUUUUUUUUAACUUAAGACUCAUUCAGAAAUGACGCAAUAAACCUAAAAAUUGAUGACAACUGUAAAUACAGCAAUGUGAUUUUUUUAUUAAACUGCCCCGGUUUUAAUUUGCAGAGGCUUUAAUUGUUGGACUAUAUCAUAAAGGACAGAUAUUUGUCAUGAUUAGUGCUAUGUGAUUCAAAUUUUUCCUUAAAAUUCAAUGGCAAAAGUGAAAUCUUUAUUUUUUGUUUAGCGUCCGGACACACAAUCCACGUCAUAAAGGUGGGGAAAACUUCUUCGAUGAUUUUAUACACAAUUCGUUUAAUGUGUGAGAAUCAAUUGGGAAGAUAACCUUGGCAGUGUUCGUACAAAUAUGAAAACUUUUGUGUUUGAGAUUUACAUUUAUGCAGAUCAAAUGAUCUAAAUUUUCAAGAUUUUAUUGUUAUUAUUUUCAUUAUUGUCCGCUUUCUUUCAAAUUUAGACUCAGCGAUUUUUCUUUUUUCUGAUGUCCAACUUGUUACACAAGUUAGUUUUACCAUAAAAUAAUGGAAAACUGUGCUUUGGCCUAUUUUAACUAUUAAUCAUGAGCUAAUACGUACAAAAGUAGAACAUCUUCUUCUUAGUUGAUCCCUCCACUAUUUUGGAGAUUCCUGGAAUCCAAAUAAAGUAGACGUGUAAAUCCAACUGGUUAGUCGUUUUGGAUAGCAUUAGACCGACAGGCAUUACUUUUGUAUAGAAAAACAAGGAUAGAUGAGGGAGGAUGUUUUGAAUUUCGGAUGGCAGACAUGAACUAAUAGACUUUAAUGACUUACAGUAUGUAUUUUACUUUUGCAUAUGUG